GUGGAAGACAGCUGCAGGUGUUGGCAGGAACAGAGCAGCUGUGAGCUCUGGCUUUGCGUCUGGAAGCGUUAGUGCGAGUUUUUUAGCUGGUGCAGAUCAACUUUAAGCAAAACAGCAGCCAGGAGUGCGGAUUGUACACACACAAGUGCUGGGAAAGCUGUCAAAAUGUUCAAGAAGAAGUCUGCGAAGACCAGCCUGACCCCCUCAUCCGCGUCCACUAAGAAGGUCGAUCUGACCACUCUGAUCGAGAAGCUGCAGAGGAAUGCUGACAAGGUGGAAAAGAACAUCUUGGAAACAGAGCAGAAUCUCAACAAGGAUGUGCUCAAGAUCAACGAGGGCAAGCCACCGCUGUAUCAGGAAACCACCAACAAGGCAAUCGAGAACUCGCUGUACUUGCUAAACGGUCUGGAUGAAGAUGCGGCCGAAGCCAAGCGCCUGCAGCACCCGCAGGCUGAGAUGAUCGAGCACGAUAUGAUGCAGCUGCGUGAGCGUGUGAAGAAGCUUCGGAAUGAUCACAACCACAUUUACCACCUGACACGAUCCGAAGGGGUUCCCAGUGUCAACUGGGGCAAGAUCAUCGAUGAGAAACUGGCAAAUCUCAACAACAAAGGAUUUGGACAAGACCUGCCCACCAUUGAGAAUGAAGUGGAAGAGCACAAUAUCUUUCACAGUGAAGUAGAGGCCUUGGCUCCUUACAUCAGUCAGGGAGACAAGGACUACGUUGAUGGCCUGCAGCUGAAAUACAACAAACUCCUGGCAAGCUCCACGGCUCGUCAGAAGAACCUGAUCAGUCUGAGAGAUUACAUGCAGCGCUGCACCAACGAGCUUUACUGGCUGGAUCAGCAGGCUGAUGAACGCAUCAUGUACGACUGGAGCGAUGCCAACCUCGACUACCCGGCUCGCAAGAGGCAGUACGAGAACUUCAUCAGUAAGUGUUUGGAAUCCAAGGAGGCGACAAUCACUAAACUGAGUGACGACGGGGAGAAACUCAUCGCCCAGGGACACCCAGGAAAGAACGUCAUCGAGGCGCAUAUGGAUGCUGUCCAUGCAGACUGGAAGGAAUAUCUCAACCUGCUCAUCUGUGAAGAGAAUCACCUCAAGCACAUGGAUGAGUACCACAAGUUUCAGAAGGAGGCCAGAGACACUCAGGACUUGCUGAAGCGCCUGGAUACUGAAAUCAACCAGAAGUACAACCCUGACUUCAAAGACCAGUACCAGUUGGACGGCUUGCUCAUGGACCUGAAUGAUCAAGCGAAGGCCAUGGAUCACUUUGAUGAUCGAGUGAAAGCUCUCCAGAACCGCAGCCUUCAGGUUCUGCCCUUGAAGUACCGCAGGAGUUCACCACAAAAGCUUCUGCCCAUCGAGGCGCUGUGCGACUUUGAUACAGAGGAGGGUCAGAUUCAGCGUGGAGAACGCUACACGCUGCUCAGGAACAACGGGCAGAAAUGGGACGUGAAAGACUCGGCCGGCCGCACCCUGGCAGCCCCUGGCGUGUGUUUCAUCAUUCCCCCGACUGACUCAGACUCUGUCGCCAUCGCUGAUAAUCUUGUGAGCCAGCAGAAAGGCAUCAAACAAAAGGUGGCGAGCAGCAAAACGGCGCUGCAGUCCCGACUGGCCGAACUGAAGAAGGACAGCACGAGUGGACAAGAUAAGCAGGAGCUGCAGUGCCGCCAGCUGAUGGCCGGACUGGACAAAGUGGUGAACGACCUAGAUAAGCAGGAGAAGGCCAUUUAUUCCCAAGUGCGCCCCCCUCUGGAGCAGAACCGCCCCGUACAGGACAGCACUGACAGGCUGCAGAACAUGAGAGACAUUGCCUCCAUCGUCCGUAAGAUCGAGCCAGAGAAGACCGCCAAAGUUCGUGAGGCCGAGACUUUCCUCAAAUCCAACCCCAAGUGUGCCAGCGCUCCACAGCUCUCCACCAAGGUCGACACGACUCUCAACAAAUACAACAAGGUCGAGCAGCUGCUGAAGUGUUCGGAUGAGAAACUUCAGAAUUCCAACAAGCUGGAGAGCUCGAUACAGAACUGCAAAAAUCUGCUCACACCCUACGAAAACAGGCUGGCCAGAGAAGAAAUCGCUCCCUCUGACCCGACCUCUCUGGAUAAGGCUCUGCGUGAGCUAGCUGACAUGGGCUCGGAACUGAGGGCGAAGAAGUCCAUUCUCUCAGACAUGGAGAGUAAUCUGAGGAACUCUAAAGUCAGCUGUGAUAACAUGGUGAACAGAGUGCAGGAGCACUGCCCUGACAUCGACCGGCAGGAAGCUGAGGUUCAAAAGCUUACCAAACGCUAUGAAAAUCUUCUCAGGCAGACCGACACCAGAUCACAGAGUCUGCAGAAAGCUAAAAUGUCCUACAACAAUUAUCGUAAUGAUUAUGACAACCUGAACAGCUGGCUCUCCCGCGUGCCGAACCAUGAGCCACUUGAGACUGACACAAUCCAGCAGGUGGAUGGAAAACUGAAAAACCAAAGAAAUCUGCUCUCUGACAUCGCAAGGAAGGAAUCGGACUUAAACAACGUCUCGAAGAACGCACAGCUUUACCAACAAGCGGUCAAGGAUUAUGAAAAUGAAGCUGAGAGGUUCAGGUCCAUUCUCGACCUUGAAGAUGGCCUGGUCUCGCAAACAUACAAGAGGAGCCGACUGGAAUCUCCUGCACUGAGAGUCAGGGGAGAGGAAGCAGCCAUCGAGGCCAAAUUCACAGAGGUCAGUGCUGUGAACAAACAACGAUUACAGAACCUUGAGUUUGCACAAAGUCUUCUCAAUCAGCAAACAGAGGUGCAAGUCAUCCAGCAGAACGUUCAGUCUGUGAAAUCUUCUGCUUCCGGAGAUGAAGCCUGGAGAGUUAAGAAUCAGCUGGAGGAAGAGAUUCUGAGAAGGCAGCAGCUUGAAAAGGAAAUCAAAACAAUUCAGACUGACAUCUAUGUGCUGGAAGGACAAAAACCACAGGACACGAUUGUCAAGAAAGAGCUGAUCAAGAAGGUCCCUGAUCCUCAGCUGGAUGAAGAAAUCAGCAAAGUCCAGCAGAAGCUCUUGGACGAACGCAGGACCACUCGCAUCCUCGAAGGCGAACUGGACACUCUCCGCGUGAAGCUACGUGGCAUUGAGACAGAAAUGAAAGAAGGCGCUCAGCAGUACACGGUCAAAGAGGUACUACGCAUUGAAAGGGACCGCGGACAGGAGGAGGAAGUACGAAGGCUAAGAGAAGAGCUGGAGGAGCUCAGGAGACAAAAACUUGUCAAGGACAACGAUGUCGUUCAGAUCCAGAAGCAGAUAACCAUCCUGGCUGCUGAGAAGAACAAGGAGCAGGAAGUCAUCAAGGAGGAAGAAGUCAUAAAGGUGCAAAACGAUCCCCAGCUCGAGAGCGAAUACAGACUGUUCAUCGAGAGAAAGCAGAAAGAAAUUGACAACCGAAAGCAGCUAGAAGAUGAGCUCCGAUUCUUGCAAGAAAAACUCAAGCGUCUGGAGAAGGAAAAGGCCAUGGCCGAGGAGAAGAUCUCCAUCAGAGAGGUUCUCAAGGUUGAAAAAGAUAUUGCUUUGGAGAGGGAGGUUGAGAAGCUGAGACGGGAGUUUGAGGAAGAAAAAUCAAAGCGCAUGUCUGCUCAGAGAGAGAGAACCGACAUUCAGCGAAAGAUCACAAGCCUGGAGGAGGAGAAGUCCAAGGUCAUCAUUCAGGAAAAAAUGCGUGAGAUCGUCAGGCCCGAUCCCAAGGCAGAGGCAGAGGUCGCCAAUCUCAGACUUGAACUUGUAGAAGCGCAGAGAAGAUCCAGGGACGCUGAGCUCCAGCUGAAGUCCAUUCAGGAUGAGCUGUUGGUGCUGCGAAACAGAGGCCCACAAGUUGAAAUCAAAGAACUCAUCAAGGAGGUUAUCAAGUACAAGAUCGAUCCAGAAACUGAAAGAGAGCUGGAGAAACUCCGAAAUGAAAUCGUGGACAAGACGCACUUGACAGAGAAACUGGAAAUAGAGAUAGUCCAAAUGAGGGAUGAAAUUCAGAGGUGGAAAGACACAAAACCCCAGGUGCAGACCAAAGAGGUGGUUAACGAGGUCCUUCAGUACAGAGAGGACCCUAAAACCAAAGAAGAAAUUGAGACCCUCAAGAAGAGGCUGGCCGAGGAACAGAGGAAGCGCUUGGAUCUAGAGAGAGAGAGAGCUACCACUGAAGAGAAGAUCAGGGUCAGGAAAAUUGACUUGUCACAGGUCAGAGAGAAGGUUGUGCAGCAAGAAGUGGUGAAGAUGGAAGAAGACCCAGUGCUGAAGUCCGAAUGUCUGACCUUCACUCAGAACAUCAAUAAUGAGUUGAAACAGAGGGAAAUCCUCAAAGAGGAGCUGGUCAGGCUGCAGCGUCAAAAGGCUGAUCUGGAUCUCCAGCUGGAGGAGCUUGAACGUGAGCGCAGAUCCCGACGGGAAGCCGAGCUUGAAAUUCAGAGAUUGAGAGUCCGGCUAAGUGAGCUCGAGAUCAGGGACAAAGAAAACAGAGAGAAGGUUACAGUCAAGCAGAAGGUCGUUCUGCAGCAAGACCCACAGCAGGAGAAAGAGCAUUCUAUCUUACGCCUUCAGGUCGAGGAAGAGAGACACAAGCGUCUGCUUCUGGAGAAACAGUACAAUGCUCUGUUGCACCAACAGCAAACGCUGGAGAGAAUGGAGGUCCGGGAGAAAGUCGUUUGCACAGAGAAGGUCCAAGUCGAGAAAGAUCCAGAAGCCGAGCUUGAGAUUGAGAGGCUGAAGAGGAGCCUUGAAGAAGAAACGAAACGCAGACAAGAGCUGGACAUUGAGCUCAGCACCUUCACCAGCAGGCUGACUGAAAUGGAGUUCGUGAACACAAAGUCAUCCAAAGAGCUCGACCACAUCCGCGACGAGAGCAGCAGGCUUCUCCAGGAGAACCAACGCCUGCAGAACGAGAUCAGAAAACUCCAGGCCGAAAUCCAGAUCACCACAAAGGAAACCAGGCAAAUCACAGAGUCCACCCCAGUGGACAACAGCAAGAACUUGGAAAUACGGCUAGUGGCGUUGCAGAAAGAACUUCUAGACCUGAGACGCAUCACGACCGAAAAAGAUGAAGAAAUCGAAAGGCUACAGAAGAGUCUGUCUGCCGUGAGGGUGAAGAGAGAGCAGAGGGAAAGCCAUCUUCGCCGCUCUAUCGUCGUCAUCGACCCAGACACGGGCAAAGAGAUGAGGCCAGAGGAGGCGUACAAGCUGGGGCUGAUCGACUGGAAGAUGUUCGUCAACCUCCAGAGUCAGGAGUGCGACUGGGAGGAGAUCACCGUCAAGGGUCCAAAUGGAGAGUCGUCUGUUCUUCACGACAGAAAAUCGGGCAAAAAGUUCUCCAUCGAGGACGCCCUGAAGUCUGGGAACAUCACGAAACGCCAGCUACAGCAGUACCAGAACAAAGAAAUCAGCAUCCAGGAGUUUGGUAUCCUGGUUUCUGGAAAGAGUCAAUAAUGCCAUAAGAAAUCUGUCUGCUUUAUGUUUCGUCACUUUCAUUACAUGAUGAAGAGCUAUCGGUUUUUAUGAUUAAGCACAAGUUCAGUUUUUCCUUAGGCUUUCAGAGUUGGGGCUUUCUUAAUGCACUGUAUAUUUAUUUGCAUAUAUCUGGGCUAAUAGGGAGAAUAUUACCUAAAUCUUCUUCUGCUUGUUGGGGAGAUAUAUUCUGAUAUAGCAGGGUGAAAGUUAUCUGACUACAGGCUGCUCAGUUUCACACACACCACAAAUAUCUGCGCUGUUAUUGAAGAUGAAUUAUCACGCUAAUGUCUGUUUCCAUAGCCAGAGCGUCUAAUGUUUCUAAAUAAAAAAUAUAUCUGGGAAACUGGA